CGGAGUUAUGUGCGCAUGCAGUCGCGAUGGACGUCGCGUGUUAUCGUAUAUCAUUUUCCAGAAAAAAAGUGAGGGUUAAAAAAAAUGCGUCGCUUUACCACUUUGAAGCCAGAUCGUGAUCAGAAACCAGAGACAUUUUUGGGCGGGCCGUAUGGAGGGAGUGGAGAGAGACGAUUCGUGCAUGUGUAUAGCGCCCCCAUUCUUGGUCACAUUGGGGUCGACGUUGGGCUGAUGGUAAGUCUUUUAUUGAGACCCCAUCCGUCCCAAAGUCCUCCAGUGUUUUGUGCGCAUACGUGCGCACAAAACAGGUCGGCCUUUUUAUCCCCACAAGUGUUGACUUUUUUCUAGUGAACAUGAACAAAAUAAGACAGAUAAGGGACGCAGUUUGCCGCCCUGUGCACUUGACUAGCUGCUGUCUGAACUGUGGUUUAGAUACGCCUCACGUUGGUAACCAUAACCAAGUUGGAAUGGCAUGCGUGCCUUAGGCUGCGUGACGUCAUUCGACGGAGUACCAGUAUGACCUACUUUCCUGAACUCUAGUUCUGAAGCCUUAUGUGUAAUUGUUUUUGUAUUUCGGCUUCGACAAUCGACUGGAAUAGGCUUAACUUCUGUUAAAAGCCUGUACUGAAUUCGAAGUCCUCCGUUGUAAUUCUCUCCGUAGUACCUCCGUGCUUCACUGGACAGAAUGGCUACUACCAAGGAGCAAGAAGCCCAGCCACUGCCUUACCCAUCCUACCAAUCUGGUCCCAUGCAGCCUCAGAGCGCCAUGCCACCGGCUUCUGGUCCCAUACCCCCAACCAUACCUGCUCCAAUGUCUACUGCAGCACAAUCCACCGUCUGCGUGCAAUCAACGGUGAUCUUUGGUGAAUUUUCCACGGCGAUGCAGUGCCCUCAUUGUCAGAAUACCAUCAACACCAGAAUCAGCCACCAGGUUGGUCUUCUGACGUGGUUAGUGGCAGGUGGGAUUUGCCUUUUUGGAGGAUUUCUCGGCUGCUGUCUGAUUCCUUUCUGCUUGGAUUUCUGCCUGGAUGUUGUGCACAGCUGUCCUACUUGCAACCACCAGCUUGGAGUAUACCAGCGUCUGCAUUAAACCAUGCGUCCACGUGCAUCCCUAACCCAACCACGAUCACGAACGACCUGCACGUCUCUCGUAUCACAGCGGACCAGGCUUUUUGAAUACAACCAAAUGACUCAUGCAACCUAAUCUCCAUAUCAAGAAGAAAUUCAUCAUGGAUAGAAGCAUCUUUAAAGAAAUCUUUUAUGAUAUCAGUCAUUUGAAAAUGCCAGUUAGUUUAUCGUUUUGAAACAUAAUUCUAAAUCACCCCAAAUAGGACUUGAAUUCUGAAAAUACAAAAUUUCACCACCGUAUCUACCGCGUUAUUUUAGUGCUUUCACAUUGUAUGAAUGGAUUAUGAUUGCCUGAUUUCAACAGUUAAACUUACUGGAACAACAUGACAAAAUGUUUCAUCUGAAAUGAGCCUAGAAUAUUGAUUAAAUAUGACCUUUUUCGGACUGAUUACACAACAUAUUGAAUGUAAAUAAAACAGAAUUGAAUCAGGUUCAUUCUUGAAUUUUCACGAAUUUGUGCUUGUAAAAAGCAUUACAUCUCCUUUGUAACGCUAAUUGGGUUAAUGCUAUUAUUGAAUUGACGAGUGUUGUACUUCGGCUUCAUGUGUACAGUAAUUUCUACUUUUUUAGCAAAGCUGUUUGCAACUUUGAUGUUGAAAGUGUGCCUGUGUAGGCAAUGAAAAUAUCAGGAGAAUGAAAUUAUUG